UUAAGUAUUAAGCUCUGCACUCAAACAUCGUUAAAGACGCAAUCUCUUUCGUCUUUCCUGUAUUACUCUUCAUCAUUUCUUCUCCUCUUCUUCUUCUUGUCCUCUUUGCAGACAUGGCGAUCUGGUUUGCUAGAUCAAGAAACAUCGUUUCUAGCUUGAGACAUAAUCUGAAUUUGUCGGGGAUUCUCGUCCAACGUGAUCACUCUCCUCGUCACGCUUUUACAAACUCUCAGUUAUCUUCGAGAUCAGUGUUUUUGGAUUCCUUCACGAGCCUACGUCACGAGUCUACGGCAGUGGAGAAACAGCUUGAUUUGGUUCAGCAAAGUGACGAGGAAGACCCCCAGGAAUUAAAUUUUCCGGGAGGCAAAGUCGGUUACACAUCUGAACUGAAAUUCAUCCCUGAAUCAUCUUCUCGAAGGGUUCCGUGCUAUCGAGUCCUUGAUGAAAACGGAAGAAUCAUCCCCGACAGCGAUUUUAUUCCGGUGAGCGAGAAACUCGCGGUUAGAAUGUAUGAGCACAUGGCGACGCUUCAGGUGAUGGACCACAUCUUCUACGAAGCUCAACGUCAAGGAAGAAUCUCUUUCUACAUCACUACCGUCGGAGAAGAGGCCGUUAACAUCGCUUCAGCCGCCGCUCUCGCUCCAGACGACGUCGUUUUACCUCAGUACCGAGAGCCUGGAGUGCUUCUAUGGCGCGGCUUCACGUUGCAAGAGUUUGCGAACCAGUGCUUUGGGAACAAAGCUGAUCACGGCAAAGGCAGACAGAUGCCGGUACAUUACGGCUCUAAUCGACACAGCUACUUCACUGUCUCCUCUCCUAUCGCUACACAGCUUCCUCAAGCUGCUGGAGUUGGUUACUCUUUGAAGAUGGAGAAGAAGAACGCUUGUGCAGUAACAUUCAUCGGAGACGGAGGCACAAGCGAGGGAGAUUUCCACGCCGGAUUGAAUUUUGCGGCGGUGAUGGAAGCUCCGGUGGUGUUUAUCUGUCGAAACAACGGUUGGGCUAUCAGCACUCAUAUCUCAGAACAGUUCAGAAGUGACGGAAUCGUUGUGAAAGGUCAAGCUUACGGAAUCAGAAGCAUACGAGUUGACGGUAACGACGCGCUGGCGAUUUAUAGCGCGGUGCGCUCAGCAAGAGAGAUGGCUGUAAAAGAACAAAGACCAGUUCUCAUCGAGGCAAUGACAUAUAGAGUAGGACAUCAUUCUACAUCAGAUGAUUCAACUAAGUACAGGGCGGCCGAUGAAAUACAAUACUGGAAAAUGUCGAGAAACCCUGUGAAUAGGUUCAGGAAAUGGGUGGAGGAUAAUGGAUGGUGGAGCGAGGAAGAUGAAUCCAAGCUAAGAUCCGACGCAAGAAAACAGCUUCUACAAGCGAUUCAGGCGGCGGAGAAGUCGGAGAAACCACCAUUGACAGAGUUGUUUAGCGACGUAUAUGAUGUUAAGACGAAGAAUCUAGAGGAGCAAGAACUUGGUUUAAAGGAAUUGGUAGAGAAACAACCUCAAGAUUAUCCUCCUGGUUUUCAUAUCUGAAUCUAUAGGAGGACACUGUGAAGUUGAUGAUCUCGUUUUCAUGCAUGAUGUAUUAUAGACUUCUCAUCGCAGACUAUUUAUAUUCAUUCUCAAAAUCAGUAGUACGAGCCUUGAGGAUGCUAUUUUCUGUCAUUAAAUAAAAUUUCAUGGUCUGAAGGUUUUUUUUUUCAUGGUCUGAAGGUUUAGCUACAACGGCUGACCUUAAUGUAAUUUGAAUUGAGUUGGAAAUCUCAAAAUGUCUUUUCUAUGCA